GCGCCCCAGCCCGUGCGCCCUCUCGUCCCGGCUCCGGGCUCUCCGCCGCAGGGCCGUUACCUGCCCCGGGGGUGGCGGCGCGCCCUCCCCAGGAACACGCGGGAAACCCGGGGGCUGCCUGCGGGAGGUGGAGUGCGACCUCGACGGGCUCAGCAGAGCCCGGGGCUUGUGACACACGGGUUCCGUGACCCUCCUGGGACCACGUCUAAGGCUCCAGGCGGCCCAGGAUGCAGCACCGUGGCUUCCUCCUCCUCGCCCUUCUCGCGCUGCUGGCGCUCACCUCCGCGGUGGCCAAAAAGAAAGAUAAAGUGAAGAAGGGCGUCCCAGGGAGCGAGUGCGCAGAGUGGACCUGGGGACCCUGCACCCCCAGCAGCAAGGACUGCGGCGUGGGUUUCCGCGAGGGCACCUGCGGGGCCCAGACCCAGCGCAUCCGGUGCAGGGUGCCUUGCAACUGGAAGAAGGAGUUUGGAGCCGACUGCAAAUACAAGUUUGAGAGCUGGGGGGCGUGUGAUGGGGGCACAGGCACCAAAGCCCGCCAAGGCACCUUGAAGAAGGCUCGGUACAAUGCCCAGUGCCAGGAGACCAUCCGCGUGACCAAGCCCUGUACUCCCAAGACCAAAGCCAAGGCCAAAGGUGCUGAGGAUCGAACCCAGCGCCCCGCGCAUGCCAGGCGCCGCGGGACUUGGAAGUUUUUUGAUCCUGGUGAAAAUAUAAAGUUGAGGGAGUAGGGAACAUCUGGCAUCAUAAUGGCUGCCGUGUCCCACCUACUUCCAGCCAAGAAAGGGAAAGGAAAAGACUGAGGCCAGGUCGGGAAGCCAAGGAGCCCCUGGCCUUACCCAGGGCCAGGCCUGCACCCUUCCCUCCCACAGGCCCAGGAUGUAACCUACCAGUGCCUUUGUCUGCUUAUUAGCUUUAUCAAUCAUGCCCUGCUUUUGUCUUUGACUCCCCACCCGACUCCAAGUGCCCCAAGUGGGGAGGGACAAGAUUCUGGGAAGCUUGAGCCUCUCCCCAAAGGGAUUUGAUUCCCAAUACCCGCUUUGUUCUUCCCCACCACGAUACCUGUUACUGAGAAAUAAAUAAAAUGAAUCGA